GUUCACUCUUGCUCUUCAAUCUUUUGCCAACUACCACGCGCAUCGCCAUCCAUCUUCGCCACCAUCGCCAUGGCCGAUCCGGCAUCCUCACCGUCGAGUCCAGCAACGAGACGGAGCAUGACCCCUGCUCUCUCUCGCUCCAACUCCUUUGGCUCAAUGGCAUCCACUGAUUUGCUCGACGGACCCGACCUCCUCACGUCUGCUCCCAGCGGCAUGCCCCUCGCCGACCUCCUCGAGACUUAUGUCAAUCCACGUCUCGAUUGGGCAGAACGACGAUUCCGUCCCUACGUCAACGAUGUCAAGCUCAAGGCAAGAGCGAGGAGAGAAAAUCUAGUCAAGAGGGCGAGGAGCAAGCAGGAGAUAAAAGCUCUGGAGAAGGAGCUCACCAAGCUGCGAGGCAAGGUCUCAGAUCGAGUCGAUAAGCUCAACGCGAGAUGGACAGACGCAAAGAACGUGCGGCUGAGAGACAAGCUGUCCUUCCUCGUCGGUGUCAUGAAUCUGGUGGCCUCCUCCCUCAUCUUUGCUUUUCGGCCAGAGUGGGUUCCACUCGUCUAUACCCUUCAGAGCGCCUUCUUCCUGCCGAUACGCGUUUGGACUUAUACCCGCCUCAAGUGGCACUACUUUCUCUUUGACUUUUGCUACGCUGCCAACGUUGCUGCUCUUGCUUUCAUCUGGAUCUGGCCCGCCUCUCCUUUCCUCUUCACCAUAGUCUACUGCGCCGCUCAUGGGCCGCUAGCGUGGUCGGUCAUCACCUGGCGCAACAGCUUCGUAUUCCACUCCCUCGAGAAGGUGACGUCAACCUUCAUCCACAUCUACCCGCCCUUUGUCUUCACGACGCUCCGCCACUUCACGCCAGCCCACAUCGUCGAGGCAAAAUACCCUGCGAUGCACAAUCUCCCUGAGCUGAGCUCAUGGACUGCCUUCCUCUUCAAUCUAGUAUUCUACGCCGCCUGGCAGUGGGCGUACUACAUCUUCAUCGGGAUUCGCAAGAGCAAGAAGAUUGCCUCAGGUGAACGCAUCAACUCGUACUCGACGCUCAGCAAAGGCAAAGGGGCCAUUGCCAAUCUCCUCGCCAAGGUACCAGACGCAGCGAGGGAGCCAGCAUUCAUGCUGCUGCAGAUGGUCUACACCAUCGUAUGCACGCUGCCCGCCCCCGUAAUCUUCUAUCGCUCAUCCUUCGCAUCUGCCACGUUCCUCAUCUUCAUCCUGACGAUGAGCGUCUGGAAUGGCGCAUCCUACUACGUCGAGGUGUGGGGCAGGCGAUUCGAAAAGGAGCUGCAGGCUUUGAGGAGGGAGCUCGAGGCGGCAAAGGAGGUUAGCAUGGCAUUGGACUCAGAGGGAAAGCCAACGGGCACGACGACGAGCAGCAAUGCAGGGACGGGCGUAGCUACCCCAGUGAGUGGACAGGGACAUGGUGGGGAGGCAUCACCAACCAGCCGUCAGUCGAGUGAGGGUGAGCUGGUCGAAGCGAGAAAGGACGUUUGAUGUUGUGUGCGCGCGAACGUAUACCAUGCUUUUCAUGCCACGUCAUGCCAUGCCGUGCCAUGCCAUACCAUCUCCUCAUCCCGCCUCCUUCACUAUGAUUGGCUGUGCCCUGUCGUCUCCACCUGCGCUGCGCCUUGCGGCGCGGUCAGAUGGCCUGCUUGCCUCUUUCUGUCGCCCCCCGCGUUUUGUCGCCGGUCCGCU